UCCGCCCGGUUGCCGGGGAGACGCGUCUACAGCGCGGAAAUCCCCGCGGGCGCGGAGCCCGCCCGGCGCCGCCAUGAGCCAGCGCCAGGUCCUGCAAGUGUUCGAGCAGUACCAGCGCGCCCGGACGCAGUUCGUGCAGGGGGUGGCCGACCUCGCCGCCCGCCCGCAGAGCAUCGAGACCCUGCGGAGCGCAGGUGUAGUGUCUUUGCUGAGACCUCUUUUGCUGGAUGUUGUCCCAAGUGUUCGACAGACUGCUGCCUUGGGUCUCGGGAGACUUGCUGAUUAUAAUGUGGACUUGGCAGAGGCGGUUGUGAAGGCAGGCAUUCUUCCACAGCUCGUGCGUUCAUUGCCUGAGGAGAAUCGUUACUACAAGAAAACAGCUGCAUUUGUGCUAAGAGCAAUUGCUAAACAUUCUCCACAGCUAGCUCAGGCAGUAGUUCAGAGUGGAGCACUGGAAACACUGGUGAUUUGCUUGGAAGACUUUGACCCUGGAGUCAAAGAAGGUGCAUGUUGGGCAUUUGAUUAUAUUGCCCGACACAAUCCAGAACUGUCACAAGCUGUGGUGGAGGCAGGCGCUGUUCCUCUUUUAGUGCUCUGUAUCCAGGAGCCAGAAAUUGCUUUGAAAAGGAUUGCUGCUUCAACUCUCAGUGAUAUUUCAAAGCAUUCUCCAGAGUUAGCACAGACAGUAGUGGAUGCAGGAGCUAUCGCUCACUUAGCUCAGAUGAUCCCGAACCCUGAUGCUAAACUGAAGCGUCAGGUGCUGUCAGCUCUAAGCCAAAUAGCAAAGCAUUCAGUGGAUCUUGCAGAGUUGGUGGUUGAAGCAGAAAUUUUCCCAGUUGUGCUCACAUGCCUGAAGGACUCAGAUGAAUAUGUCAAGAAAAAUGGUGCAACUUUAAUUAGAGAGAUAGCAAAGCAUUCGCCUGAGCUUUCACAGCUUAUAGUAAAUUCAGGCGGAGUUGCUGCUGUGAUUGAUUGUAUUGGCAGCUGCAGAGGGACUGUCAGACUGCCUGGCAUCAUGAUGCUUGGUUAUGUAGCAGCUCAUUCGGAGAACCUGUCAAUGGCAGUGAUUGUCUCCAAGGGAAUACCACCACUGUGUGCCUGCUUGAUAGAAGAACAUGAAGAUCAUAUUAAGGCAGCAGCUGCUUGGGCCUUGGGACAGAUUGGAAGACACACUGCUGAGCAUGCACGUCAUGUUGCAGGAGCAAACGUGCUACCCACAUUGCUUGAUAUCUAUGUGGACACACGCAGUUCAGAAGAUCUUAAAAUGAAAGCUAAAAAAGCCUUAAAGAACAUUCUUCAGAAAUGCACGCAUCUUCCAGCACUUGAACCAUUGCUGCAUGAUGCCCCUCCCAGUAUUAUGAAACAUAUUAUUGGGCAGUUUAGUAAGGUGUUACCACAUGACAGUAAAGCACGUCGUCUCUUUGUAACAACCGGUGGACUUAAAAAGGUUCAAGAAAUAAAAGCAGAUGCUGGGUCACUUCUUCAGGAAUAUAUCAAUACUAUUAACAAUUGCUAUCCAGAGGAAAUAGUAAGGUAUUAUUCCCCUGGAUAUUCUGAGAUACUUCUGGAAAGGGUGGAGAGUUACCAACCAGUUUUAUAAACUUCAAUGUUUUAUUAGAUCUGCAUUUCACAUUUAUGCCUUUAUGACUGUAAUACAAAUACAGCUGUUGAAACUCUUGCUUGAUUCUGAAAUCUUCUUCUACUGUUUGAACUACUGAAAGAGCUCAGCAAUUCCAGCAAGCUAUAUUUUGUUCUUUAUAAACUUGUUUGUUGCUAAGUUUUUAUUUUUGUUUAACAUUACUACCAGAUAUUGCUGUAUAUAUGAAUGGAAUUUCAUGCAGGGGUGAUGAUUUAUCACAGAAGCUUUUUUAGAAUCAGUCAUUUCCUUUUCCUUCCACAAGAAAGGUUUGUUAUUAUCUCAUUCAAAUUUUAGCCUUCUCAGUACUGUUACCAUUUUCCCCUUUUGCCUUUGCAUAUUGUUUAAAGCUUCCCAAGCUUGAUGAGGGGGAAAAAGCUGGCCUCUCUGCAUUUUCUAAUUAUGGAAUUCUUUCUGCACUGAGAUAUUUCCUACUGCUACUUUUGAGAAAGUAGUGAUAUGAUUUUGCAUCUCCAAACAUGUUUGUAGCAGCUAAAUAAAGAAAUGAUCAGAUCUGAUGAUGAUGCAAGGGCUGAAUGCUGCAUAAUAUGAUAGUGUGGGGGUCCUGGCAUGGUAGAUAAUACAUCUUCUGCAAAAGUCCCCCUAAUUAAGCCAAAAUUCACUGUAGAGGAAAGAAGCAAUAAACUGUUUGGUGUGUGUGUGUAGUUGUUCCUCCUGAAAAGGACAGAGUAAACUUCUGUGGGCACAAAAGGAAGGACCCUGGGAGCUUCGGCUCUGUGUGGGUCAUCAGCACAUUUGUGUGGCUCGGAAGAAUUGCUUGACUGCAGGAACACUGUUCCAAAGUUCUGAGCACAUUCAGAGGAAAUAUGAGGACACUUGAGUCCCACUGAUUUGAGUGAUGGGACUAAGAUGGCUUAGGAUUUAUCCUUCAAGAGCUGAAAUUGCUGCAGAAUUGAGUUGAAACAUACUUGGAACUUAGUCUUGAAGCUGCAGAUCACAUUGACAUGGAGGUGUGAGCUCUUGCCUGUCUGUAGAACAUCCUGGAACUAUUUUUACCUUCUUGUGAAGAGUGAAAAGACUUUUACAGUUUACUUACUCCUCUGGUGUAUUGCAGAAGCAGGAGACAGCAAACAGCCCUAUAGUCUUCCCUAAUAUGUAACUGUCAUUUACCAUUUUUUGUUCUAACCAUUUUUUUCCUUGUAUACAGCAGUUUUGUGUGUUUUGUCUUUUUUUUUUCUUUCUUUUUUUUCCCCAGAAAGUAAUAAACAGUGUUUCUGGAAUGGGAUGCUGAAAUACUGGCAGCCAUAAGAAAAGACAGUAAGUGAAAACCUCUGCAGGAGAGAAACUUGUCUACUUUCUUAAACAUAUAACUGAAUGAGUUUAUCAAACAGGGAUAGUCUCUUCUUGUGCAAGACUUGCCAAGACUUAUUUUUCAACUUAUUAAGUUGAAAAUUAUUUACAGUGGCUUUUCUUUGCCAAUUUCCAAGUGACUAUUUUCUUUUAUUCUUGUUAGCAUAUUUUUCAACGGUUCACAGAAACAUUGGUGGGCUAUCUGGUGUUAAGGUUUAUUUCUACAGAGGGCUGUGUUCCUGCUGUGAGGUACUUGGUGCUCUCAGACUCUGCCCUUCAGGAGGAGCAGGAGAUGCACAGUACCUUGCUGUAUGGAGCCUAACAGAAAGAAACUGUUGGUGGCAUGAGUGCUGGUAUAGAAACCACACUAGCUGGGUUCUUUCCUUAGCCCACAUCAAGUGAAGAGCCUUGGAACUGACUAGCUUCUAUCAAGUGCCUUUUUGUUUUUGGUUGUUAUAUUCUGACAUUAUUAACACUAGGACACUAGUAGAAAAACUUAGGUCUCUUAACAAGAUUGUCGUAAUACUCAAUACUCAAUAAUUGUUGUAAUACUCAAACACAAACAUUAUGGAUAUUUAAAAAUUAAAUCUUGUACAAUCCCUGAAAGAAAAUGUAAUAGAAGGGUUUCCAGACAGUCUUGAAGGAUCUGAAGCCUUUAUUUUCCCUAACAGAGCAGAAAUGGUGCAGGGAGCUGAGUGCAGAUGGGAGGCAGCAGAGGUAUGGAGCUGUGUGUACCCAUAGCUGCCUCGUGUGCUCGGGAGCACACCCACAACACACAAUGCUAAUGUAUAUGUUUUGUGCAGAGAGAGCAAAGAGGCUUCAGUCCCCUGACAAAUGUGCUCCUGCUGUGUCAUACUGUGCUACACUGUAAGGAUUCCACAGGGUUAAAUUUCAAUGCCUAAACAAUUUGUUCACAGCCUUUUCACAGUCUUUUUCUGAUUCCUGACAAAGGAAAUGAUUGCAAAAGGCAAACCUUCAAAGCAAUCUGAUUGUGUAGAGCACAGUCUAAAUCAGACCUAGCAUAAAUACAUCUUUACACUGGCUGGGCAGUUCUGUCCUAGGCCAGUGGCUGUUUGUCUUCUUGUCACAGGACUCCUGGACAAUGCCACAUCCCAUUAGGUUGUGGCAGUGCAAAGUCCUCUCCUGUGUAGUGUGAAACCCCUUCAGUUGUCCCUUGCUGGCAGGCUGCUUCCCUGCAUUGCACAUACACUUUGUGGCUGGAGGCUUCCAUGGAGGUACACGUCUGCACAAGGCAGAUCGAGCUCUUUACAGCAGAAUUAUUGCUAAUUUGUAUUUUAGGCUUACUGAUGUAACUAUGGCAAGAGUUGCUUUUUAGCUGUAGCUAAAAAGCUUUUUAGCUGUUUCUCAAGGUGUUUCUGCAGUGUUUCUCUUCCAUUUCUUCAUUUGGCUUAAUUCAUCAUCUAAAACUAUGUAAUAGCUACUCUGGCAGCCUUCAAGUGUGUAUAAUUUGUCUCAAUUUCAUAUAAUAAAAUGUAGAUUUGCAUUUUAA